AUGUUGUCUCUGGAUCUAGAUCUCGCUGAAACCAUACCCGACGACGAACUGCGGACGGUGUGUUCACUGAGAACACCGUUGCAGGCCGCAGCAGAACGAGGAGACAACACUUUGCUCGAGAAACUCAGGACACUCGGAGCCAACAUCAACGAACCCCCAGGUAAAAAUGCCGGGGUCACCGCACUUCAAGCUGCUUCUAUCAAGGGGUACUACGGUCUUGUCAAAAGGUUGCUGGAUUUGCAAGCAGAUCCUAACGCACCGGGAGCAGCCGUCUCUGGUCGAACAGCGCUAGAAGGAGCGGCCGAACAUGGGAGGUUGGACGUGGUGCAAUUGCUUCUCAACUCGGGGGUCGAAACCUGCGGCAGCGGCCGUCGUCAAUAUGUUCGAGCCAUCGAGUUUGCUCGUAAAGAGUGUCACCAUAUUGUUGUGAAGCUUCUCAGGUCCCACCGGCCUUGGACCGAAGCUGACCAGGAGCUUCUCAAGGACGAAACUCUUCUGCAAUGGGACCAAACCCCAGAAGGCAUCGCAAAGCGGCGUGAGGAGCUUGAGGGACAUACGGCUCAGGCAAUAGAUGAUGACGAGACUACCGAGUACGAAACUAGCGAGUACGAAGACUGUGACGACGAAUAUAGUGACAACGAAACCAGCGAUGACGAAGCCAGCAAGGAUGACGCGGAAGAGGCGAGCCUCAAUCGCCUUCCAGCUUCGACUCUUGAGGAAACCAGAGAGGUACUACGGAUCGAUGACGAGACCCCCGGUCUACCCGGGGACGCCAUCUGGGCAGAAGCAUACGAGAAUUGGUCUUCGGAGUUCCCUUGGUCAAUGGAGUAG